AUGAUCCAACGGUGGAUGCGCGCGAAGGAAGGUGAAUCCUACUUUCGUGCGAAAGAUAAAACCCGCGUCCCUCCCACCCCUCCCCCUCUCCGGCGCCGUCCAGUUCUACCCCUUUUCACGAAAGCCAAAAACCACGGGAGGAAGACCCGCUUCUCCGGCGAUUCCUCCCCUCUCCAUCCUUCUCCUUCCCAACAAAAAACGCUUCCCUCCCUUCAAAAUCCUCGUCCUUCAGCAAUGAAAUCAUCCUUUAUUCUCCUCUUCGUCUUCUCCACCAUCGCCGUGGCCCACCAAACCCUCGAUCCCCUCGUACUCCCCAGGCCGCUGAUCCUCGAAUACCCCUCCGGCGACGACCAAAUCUUCCAGACCCCCAUCUCCAAUGUCGGCAGAGAUGAAGAAGUGCAUCUGCGGUGCGCCAGCUGGCGGUUCGCCGGCGAGGCCAACAACCUCGCCCCAUGGAAGACGGUCCCCGCGGACUGUGGCGCCUAUGUGAAGGACUACAUGACCGGCAAGGCCUACCGCUUCGACCUGGAGAUGGUCGCCGACGAGGCGGCCGCCUAUGCUCGGUCCAUCUCGUUGGUCGGUGAUGGCAUGGACGCUUGGGUGUUCGAUGUCGAUGAAACCCUCCUUUCCAAUCUUCCUUACUACGCCGACCAUGGAUACGGUCUGGAGGUUUUUAAUAGUCAUGAGUUUGACAAAUGGGUGGACAAAGCAAUGGCCCCUGCUAUUCAAUCCAGCUUGAAGCUGUAUGAAGAAAUUCUAAGGUUGGGUUUUAAGAUUUUCUUGUUGACAGGUCGAAGUGAAGGACAAAAGAUUGUUACCGUGGAGAAUUUGAAGAAAGUCGGAUUUCAGGAUUGGGAGAAGCUUAUAUUAAGAGGUGUGAAUGACCAUGGAAAACUAGCGACAACGUACAAAUCAGAGAAAAGGUCUGAAAUAACAGCCGAAGGAUACAGGAUACUUGGAAAUUCUGGCGAUCAAUGGAGCGACUUGUUGGGUUCCUCUACGGGCAACCGCUCAUUUAAGCUCCCAAACCCUAUGUACUAUAUUCUCUAACAGGCACAGCGGCCAAGGUGUUUGGGUUCAUAUUGGGAGAUUUUUUUCUGACAGGAUCAUUGUCAGAAAUUGUAAUUACCCAAAUGCUUCCAAGUGUAAGAUAUAUUUGUUUAUACAUUUCCUUUAGUUAAAAACCAAUACCUCUCCUGAUGUGCUAGCACAAAUAAAAUACUACAUGGCAGAUCAGUGACUGGAAUUUCAUAUGCAUAAGCCUCAUAUGAAAGAGUGCUGUGAGAAAUGUGUCACCCUGUGAUUUUUCAUGUAGCUUUGAUUAUCUGCAUUCAGAAUAUUCAAUUAUUUCUUAAGGGAA